AUGAUCCCUGUGUGUACAUAUCUUCUGAAAACAGGAGAAAUUGAACGCUCUAAUGUGCUUCCUUGUCCCUUCUCCUCAGACCAAAUCGCUUCAGUGUGCCAAUUUCUCCAGAAUAACGGAGAAAUCGAACGCCUUUCUCGAUUUCUGUGGUCUUUACCCACGGAAAUAGACUGCGACGCCAAGACUACCGAGACAAUACUUGUUUCAAAGGCGGUGGUCUAUUUCUACCAGAACAACUUCAAGGAUCUUUACGCCAUGCUGGAGAAUCACAAGUUUUCUAAAGAAAACCACGAGCGACUGCAGUGCUUAUGGAGGACUGCGCAUUACCUCGAAGCCGAGCGACAGCGUGGUAGACCCUUGGGAGCAGUGGGGAAGUAUCGCGUUAGAAGAAAGUUUCCUCUUCCGCGUACUAUAUGGGACGGCGAAGAGACUACCUACUGCUUCAAGGAGAAAUCGAGGAAUAUUUUAAACAAGGCGUACGCUGAGAACCCUUACCCUACCCCACGAGAGAAGUAUGAUCUAGCGAAGAUGACCGAUCUGACUGUGACGCAAGUAAGCAAUUGGUUCAAGAACAAGAGACAGCGUGUUCGAGCUGCUGAGAUGAGGAAGGGGUAAGUGAGAGAAACAUACCUUUAUCUUCUAUUUUCAUUCAAAUCCACCCUCGUGUAAAAGUUAUGGAGCAGCGUUCCCCAUUGUUUUAACCACUAUAUGGUUUUGUAGUGAUAGGAGUCUAACUAAAAGUUAACUUGGAGAUGAACGUUCCAUUCAAUAGCAAGUGAUAUUUCUCUUAAAUUCGCCUAAAUUUUCCUUUCCCUGUAGUAACUCGCCCUGGCCAAUUUAACUUCUGCUUCACACACAUAAGUCUUAUACUUUCUUUCUCCUUGUAUUAUAUUUGCAUUAAAGACAAAGUGUUUUGAUACAUUUUUUGGAUUUUUAGCCGUUAUGUGCCCUUUUUUAUGCUUCCGGGACGUUUACCCUUAUCGUUCCAGGAAAUUCAUUUUACACUCUGUAGUAUUCACGGUAGUUAUAUGAGUAGCCGAAUCGUGUAGCUGGCCUUUUGCUUAGAUUAUAAUCCUUAUUAUGUACUCCAUGAAUAAUAUCGUAGGGAUAGGACCAUACAAACAAAUACUCUUUGCAGCACUUGUUUAUCACGAUUUCUGAGAAAUUUUCUUGAAUUUUGACUGACUAUCGGCAAGGGAAGAAACUUAAAUAGUUGCCUUCCUUGGUCAAAACUCCACUAAUACAAUGUCAUUUAGACUCGGGUUCCAAGUAUUGGUAUUCCCUUUUUUUAUCAUAAUCAGAGGAGAAUUUGAUCAGUGGUCCUUAACUUAAUUCAGUUGUUACCCAAAUCGACUCCAAGUAAGUUCCAACUUUAUUAUUUCUGAAAAACGGAAAACAAAUCGUUUCCUGUGUAACAAGUGUUGGAGAGUCAGAAACAAAACAUGAUUAGGAACAGUGUAGCGCUCAUAAGUUGAUUACAAUUAAAAUUUGUCUUUGUGUUCUUAGCGCUAAAAUGUUUGAAAAUCCAGACGUUUCGGGACUACUGUCCCUUCAUCAGUGUUGGAGAGGCCGUUUAAAUUCGAAAGGCAUGAUCACAGGGUUUCUUCUACAAACUUUGAAGUCAGAUGAUGAUGUUUCCCUAAUUGCCUCUGCAAAGAAAAUUUUCAAGGUUGUUUGAAAAAUAUGUUAGUAUUUAUUCACUUUAUUUUCCAAUUACUUGGCUCCUUGAGGAAUUUUCUUUUAUCAUACAGAUUCUCUCUCUUUUUUUAUGUUUUUUUAACGCUGUUUCAGCUGAUUAGCUGCUAAUGGGAAACGAUUAUCACCUGCACAAGGACUGAGACACCAGUCGCUUUUUUUAUGUUCAUGCUUGUUUGCUCGAUCGUGAUCAAAGGCUUUUAAACUAAGAGAGCUUAGCAGGGGAAGUUAUAAAAAAUUCAAGUCUUGGAGACUCCCCCGCGUGUUGUUUAGUUUUAUUCGCGUUUUUUUUUUCUUUUACCCAAUCGCCAUGAGUUGGAGAGCAGGAACUAAGAUCGCGGUAAAUGAGCUGUUAACGACUUUUUAAUAUAUUUAUAAAAGAUUACCAGUAGGAAGGAGCCUUUUGCUACAAACUCUUUUCAAGUAGCAUGUUAACAGCCCAUUGCCGAGAAUAAAAGAUUCACAGCAACGAAAAUGUAACUAAUUGUCUUCGUUCUACGCACGUGGAGAAUCGAAACCGACUCUGUGGUUUAACGUAAAGAGCUCUUUUUAAAUUUAUUGUAGGUCUCAUUUUGUGUCAAAUGUUUAAUGAAGAUGUCAUCUUGAAUUUAAAAAGUGAAAUUCAUUUUACUGCGUCGUUAAUCACACCACAGUUAAGAGCUACUCUCACUUAAAUGAACAAACUCGAAGUUAAAAAGCACAUUUAAAAUACGUCACAAUUAUUUCUCUUCACAGUUUUACCAAACUUUAGUAGAUAUUAGCCACUUCUUAUUUCCUGUGGUUAGGGAUCAUGUUUCAUAUUGAUGUAUGCUUCUGCUCGACAAACUUAAUGGUAUUUGUGUGCGGGCAGAAGUCGUAUCUCUGAAUCAACAACUUUGAUACUCAUCCUUCAAUCACUUAUCUUGCCCAAAUGGAAAAAAGGUUUUAGCGUUGUUUGUUUUUCAUUUUAAGACCUUCCUUUUAUUUGAGCACCUGCGAGGUGAAAAACCAACCGAAAAUAUUAGCUAAUGGGCCGAGGGAUAUUCCAAAAUAAAAUAUCAAUAGCACGAUACGCGACACCGUUCGAUGUCAAUCAUGAGGUGACAGAUAUGUCCAAAAUCAUACAUGCGCACUUGAAGUAUCUCCUUUGAUUUUAGUUUUGUUGAAUGGUUGGUCGCCUUUUUAAUUUUUCCCUGUUUUUGUAGUGAGCAUCCGUUUUCGCUUUUUUGCGUAAAAAAGAAACAUUUUGUGGGACACAGAAUUAAUCGUUGGUUUUAAAUGUAAAUCACUUUCGGUAUUGAUUGAUCCCUUUGUUGCUGAAAAAUAUUCAAAAUGUCAUUUAAACCUGCAUUGCCUCUUGAAAACGACUGGUGGAUAGUUCUGUAUAAACGGACAAGCCACAGCAAAGAAAAAAGCAGUUUGUUUCUUGAAAUUCGUAAGACAAAUUUGACAUGAAUAUCAUAGCAUUGUUUAAUAAACAUGAGAUGAAAAUAAACGUAGAGUGCGUAAUUUUCAUAUGAAAGAAAAAGAGACGUGAAACCAAGGGUAUAUACAAGGAGCAGUAGAAUCUUUUUUCGUAGGUUUUAUACCCAACAGCAAGGGAACAGAAAAGGUAGUUGUGUUUAUUCAAACAUUUUCACAUAAUGAGCACGUUUUAAACGGCAAAAAAUGUUCUUACCUUAUUUCCUUGCACCAAUUUCUGUGGACUGAAACAGUCCCUUGCCUAAACAACUCAUAAAAAGGUAGGCGACACCAUCGGGGUCUAUGACGUUUAUUAAAGAAUAGCAUGAGAUUUUUAGCUUCCCCUUGUACGUGAUGAGGCUCAUUGGCUUGACGAACCAUAUUCAAAAGUUGUUUCUUUAACAGUUGCAUUUACCAUUGUAUGUAUAUUUAAGAAAACGCUAAGAUAGGUGUCACAGUCACAAAUAACUUAUUGUUGGAAGCAACAGACACCGUAGAUUUUAACCAGGAGAUGAUUUCGCGUAAUGUUGGGUAACCUCCGCAACUUUUGCAGCCGUCGUUUUUGCACUUUACAGCGCUAGCUAUUAUAAUAUUACUUCUUAGUUAUGGGGUGUCCCUGUAAGAGCUCUUCUUAUUCUCUUUCAUGUCUGUAUACCCCUGAGCCAGGAAGUCAAAUAGCAUGUAAUUAUAGCAAUUACUUUUAACCAAUUUCCAGUAGGUAAGAGGAGUGAUGGCGUCACAAAAACUAAAUUUUUGAAAUUAUGUGAUUGGUUGGUAUAUCCAGAAAGAACAAGAUAAAAAUUGUUUACUUGCCAAAUAUGAGACUGUUUCGGCAAAUUGGGUGGGAGAUAUAAGCAUUAUUGUGCUCCGAUGACUCCAUAUAAUGUAAAAUGUGUCUGGAUAGUAAACGUUAGGAUCCAUGCAAGUUAAUCAUGUGUAUGUCAAAUGUACUUUUGUAGUGGCCUGGAUCCAGAUGGCAUGAUGAAAAUGAAAGGUCCCGGACGAUCUAUGAUGUUCAGUUAUGACGAGCUGCGUUCUCAUUUUCCCUACCUCAUUCCUCAACCUCCCAUCCUAUCAGCGCCGCAAGCUGCCUCACUGCCAGCAAGAUACCUUAUGGACAUACAUCCACGAGCGCAUUCUCAAAAUCACCCUUAUGUCCCGCUUCAGACGUACCCUGCAUACGUCUCGGCAAGUCCACAUCCGCUUGCAAGCACAUGUACGAGUACGCAUGCGCCAGACAGACCGGCUUUGGAGCUGUGUUCCGAAACGAGUGCGUUUGAACCUAUCUAUACGAGUAGACUUGGAUAG